AACCUCUCUUUCUCUCUCUCUCUCUCGCCUGGCCUGGCCUAUUUAAUUUUUUCUGUUGCUUUCCAAACUUGAAAGAGUUUCUUUCUUUUUUUCUUUUUUUGGCAAAAAAUUUCCUUGCUUCCGCCAUUUAUUGGUUUCUGCUCUUUGGAAGCCUUGUUUUCUGGGUUUUCUCCGCAUUCGUGAUCCCCCAUGCCGUUGAUAACCCAUUAAGGAAAAACAAAACACUUUGCUUUCUUCAUCACUUCAACCCAGAGAUUAAAACUAAUUACAAAGAAGUAGAAGAAAAGAUAGGAUGAAGAGAGCAAAGUUGGACUUGUUCAUGUCCUUGAGUCGGCAGAAGUCGGUGCAGAUUUUGAUUUUCAUAGGGAUUCUGUAUAUAGUUCUAGUGAGCUUGGAGGUCCCUUUUGUUUUCAAGACUGUGUCCCAAGAGGGAAUUGGCGGAGGACCUCAAUUCAUACCCCAAAAUGAAGAAUUGAACUUGGAAGAAGAACAAGAAUCUCCAAUUCGCCCCGCUCUGGAUUUUCGUCGGCUUCCCAGUAAUACUAGUACUACUGCUAACGACGAUUCCAAACCCGAAAGGAGGAUUCAAGAAUUCACUCAUCCCUUGUCCACCUUCAAUUUUGACGGUGCUGCAAACUCCACCCAGAUACUCAAGUCUGCAAAAGAGGCUUAUUCGCUGGGCAGACAGCUCUGGGACGAUCUCUCCUCCAAAUCGUGGGAGGAUGGUAAUAGUCUGAAUCCGGCAGCUGCUUUGGACAAGAAGAACAGGACCAAAGAAGAAGCCUCCUCCUCCUCCUGCCCGCAUUCGAUAUGGAUGGCAGGGGAUGAAUUUUGGGAGAAAAAGGGGAGACUGAUGGUGUUGCCCUGCGGGCUCACCCUGGGAUCACAUAUAACCAUUGUGGGCAAGCCCAAAAAGGCUCAUGCCGAGCACGAGACUAGGAUUUCGUUGCUCAGAGAUGGGCAGUAUGUGAUGGUUUCGCAGUUUAUGAUGGAAUUGCAGGGUUUAAAGGCUGUGGAUGGAGAGGACCCUCCCCGAAUUUUGCAUUUCAAUCCCCGGUUGAAAGGAGAUUGGAGUGGAAAGCCCGUGAUUGAGCAGAAUACUUGUUACAGGAUGCAGUGGGGGACCUCCCAACGCUGUGAAGGAUGGAAGUCCAGGGUUGAUGAGGAGACUGUUGAUGGUCAGGUGAAAUGUGAAAAGUGGAUUAGAGACAAUGACAAUCACUCUGAGGAAACAAAAGCAUCUUGGUGGUUAAACCGGUUGAUAGGAAGAACAACGAAGGUCUCUUUCGAUUGGCCUUUCCCAUUUGCAGAGGACAAGCUGUUUGUUUUAACUGUAAGUGCUGGCUUGGAGGGUUAUCAUGUCAAUGUGGAUGGGAGGCAUGUAACAUCAUUUCCUUAUCGAACUGGUUUUGCGCUCGAGGAUGCAACUGGAUUGACUUUGAAUGGGGACAUUGACAUACAUUAUAUUGUUGCUGCUUCCUUGCCCACAUCGCAUCCUAGCUUUGCUCCACAGAGGCAUCUAGAUAUGUCACCAAUAUGGAAGGCUCCACCUCUUCCAGAUAGACCUGUCGAUCUGUUUGUUGGUAUACUUUCUGCAGGCAACCAUUUCGCCGAGCGCAUGGCUGUGAGGAAGUCUUGGAUGCAGCAUAUGCUUAUUAAAUCUGCAAAUGUUGUUGCUCGGUUUUUCGUGGCUCUGCAUCCAAGAAAGGAAGUGAAUGUGGAGUUAAUGAAGGAAGCUGAGUUUUUUGGUGACAUGGUCAUGGUUCCUUACAUGGAUCAUUAUGACCUCGUUGUACUGAAAACAGUUGCCAUCUGUGAAUACGGGGUUCGCAAAGCUGCUGCAAAGUAUAUCAUGAAGUGUGAUGAUGACACAUUUGUGAGAGUGGAAACAGUUCUUAAGGAAGCAAAUAAGAUGCCGGAGAAUAGGAGUUUGUAUAUUGGCAACAUCAACUACUACCAUAAGCCCCUGCGGAGUGGGAAAUGGGCAGUAACAUACGAGGAGUGGCCAGAAGAAGUUUAUCCACCUUAUGCUAAUGGUCCAGGCUACAUUUUGUCAUCAGACAUUGCGAACUUCAUUGUAUCUGGUUUCGAGAAACAAAAAUUAAGGUUGUUCAAGAUGGAGGAUGUGAGUAUGGGGAUGUGGGUUGAGAAAUUCAAUAGCUCCAGGACAGUGGACUAUGUGCACAGCUUAAAGUUUUGCCAAUUUGGAUGCAUAGAAGAUUACUAUACAGCUCACUACCAGUCUCCAAGGCAGAUGAUCUGCAUGUGGCACAAAUUGCAACAGCUCGGGAAGCCUCAGUGCUGCAACAUGAGAUGAUGAAACUGUUGAGUUUUCGUUUCGGAUGACGUGUGCAGCGGAGAAUCUCGGGAUGAACUGAGAUGAUGAAACAAGUUUUGCAGUCAUAUGAUGAUGUUUUGUAAAUUUUGGGAGGCAUGCUUUAGAAAUGUCUAGAAGCCCAUCUAUAUUCAUUAAUUUUUUUCCUGUAUCUCUUUCUUUGUUUCUCCCCCACCCCUCCCAAAAUAUAAUAGUUCCAUCCGAGGAUGGAUUGCAAUUGCAAAGGAGGCUGUUGUUGCAUAGAUAAUGCAGGUAUCUCAGUUGACAUCUACUAUACGCCUUCUACUGUAAUUUACCAUACCAUAGAAUUAGUUAGAAUCGCAACCAGAUUGCUUGGCUGAAGCCAUCAAAA